AUGGCGACAGGUCCUCUUCUCCCGCCGAAGAUCUCCGCCCCGCCGUGGGACGACUGCAAGCCGACCACCGCUCUCUUCGGCGGGGUAGGCGGCAUUGGUGGAACACGAAAGAAGGCGUCGGGAGUCCGGCCAUGGCUUCUAUUGGACUCUACAGGGAAGGCGGUGGUGGAGGAGGCCGGAAAACACGAUAUCAUGCGCCGGACCGGACUCCCUGCGCGCGAUCUCCGGAUACUCGAUCCACUCCUGUCCUAUCCUUCCACCGUCCUAGGCCGCGAGCGGGCCAUCGUUGUAAAUCUGGAGCACAUCAAGGCCAUAAUCACCGCUCAGGAGGUCCUUCUCCUAAACUCCAAAGAUCCAUCCGUCACACCUUUCGCCGAAGAGAUUCAGCGGAGAAUACAGCGCCACCACGAGGCUACCAAGUCGCAGGAAACCGGCGGCUACAACGCGGAAUGGAGAGAUCUGUACUCUCUGGAAGAUUCACAAUCGCAUCCAGUUUUCCGUCCAAACUUCUCAUCGGAGGGAGAAAACAGAGACGGAGCGAAGAAGCUUCUCCCGUUUGAAUUCGUCGGGCUGGAAGCCUGCCUGGAAACCGCUUGCAGUUGCUUGGAUAACGAGGCGAGAACACUGGAGCUCGAAGCUUAUCCCGCAUUAGACAAACUGACUUCGAAGAUCAGUACUCGAAACCUGGAGCGAGUCCGUCAGAUCAAAAGCCGAUUGGUCGCCAUUACCGGCCGUGUCCAGAAGGUUCGAGACGAGCUCGAGCAUCUACUUGACGACGAUGAAGACAUGCGCGAGAUGUAUUUGACCGAGAAGCUUCAGGAACACGAUAGCAACUCUGUUUCCUUCAUGAACGAGCAAAACGGCAACGGCACGGAUGAUAACGAUGAAGCCGCUGCGGCGGAGGCGGCGGCGACGGAGGCGGAGCAGGCAUACCUAAUCCCGCCGGAAAGAGCGAAUUCGCCGGGGCGCGAAAGCCACGGAAGCGGGAGCUCUAACAGCAAGCAGCAUCUCCACGUGGAGGAACUGGAAAUGCUGUUAGAAGCGUACUUUGUGCAGAUCGAGGGGACGAUGAACAAACUGUCCACGCUCCGGGAGUACGUGGACGACACGGAGGACUACAUCAACAUCAUGCUGGACGACAAGCAGAACCACCUUCUGCAAGUGAGCGUCACGCUCAACACCGCGACGCUGGUUGUGAAUGCUUUCGUGGUGGUGUCCGGGAUUUUCGGGAUGAAUAUCACCAUUGAAUUGUUCGACUCUCAACUAGCUGGGAUGGCGGAGUUCAUGUGGACCAUUGGCGGUGGCACCGCCGCCUGCAUUUUGCUAUACGUUUCUGCAAUUGCCUGGUAUAAACACAGACGAUUACUGGAUUGA